AUGAACUCUCGCUACAGAUCUUAUAGAUCAGAUUCCAGUCGCACUGGACCUUCAAGUCCGCGAGGAGAAAACAUUACUCCAUACCAACCAGCCCAUAAUGACGAACAUGGUGACAGACUCCCUCCUAUAAGAGGCUUAGGCCAAUCAGUCACUUCACUGUAUCCAGAUCAGCUGGGGAUCCAUACACCAGGAAACAAUGGAUUGUCUCUUUUGAACAGUCCUAGCAGCUAUCCUGGACCCGGAUUACCAUAUGACACAGUUAAUCAGCGUACGGCCUUUUAUAGCCCAGGCCUACAAGAAAAUAUACAUAGGUCGAGUUACAAUCUGGGAGAAAGCUCUCGAAGACCUGCAGGUGUAAAUAAUAGCUAUGAUAGGCCCGAGUAUCCAUACCGAUCCAGCGACCCGUAUAGACGACAACCGCCGGGAGAAGGUGCUGGGCAAGAUAGAUCUUUAGCAUAUACCAUCUAUUCUGCACCGAGCUACAGCAAUCCUAACUACCCUGCCGUUGCUGGUCGCUCGUUGUACAAUCCACAAACUUCUAGCUCGGGUAUAUAUGGCUCCCCGUAUCCUGUUAACCAACCAGGAAGUAGUCAAGGGAUACAGACAACCCCAAAUGAACCCGGGUCAUGGUCCGCAGGGUAUCAAGUUCGCACAAGACGUAGACCCAGGAGUAUCAGCGAAAGAAGAGAGUUACGCAUGCGCGGUAUCUGUACUCGGUGUGGCAUUGGGCCCGCUGACGGAGGAGCUUAUUGCAAAAUGUGCAAGGAAAAUCAUAUUAGAGCUCAUCAACAGCGAGCAAGAGAUGCGAGAGAUCGAGGGGAAUGA